CAUCCACGAAAUGUCACCUAGCGAACUAACGUACUGUCAAAAGUUUCAUCAACUACGACAGGAUUAGUCAUUGUUUUUCCUAUGAUGGCCUCCAAUUUUCCGGAAGUUCCAGCAUCGUUGAAGCUAAUUGCGCACUACCUAAAAACAGCCCAGGAACACGACAGUAGAGAUGCAAUCGUUAGUUACUGGUGUCGAUUGUACGCCCUCCAGCUUGGACUAAAGAUUAACAGUCAGGGCUCGGAGGAACGAAAGCUGCUCAUCACAAUAAUGGACUGGCUGGAGCAAACAAAAAAGGCCAAUGCGGAAAAUGAAUCGAUUACGAACGAAGUGGCGGCGCAGGCUUACUUGGAAAAUUACGCACUGAAGCUGUUUCUGUAUGCGGACAAACAGGAUAGGGCGAGUAAUUUCGGUAAAAACGUUGUCAAAGCUUUUUAUACCGCCGGAAUGGUAUACGAUGUGCUACAGACGUUCGGAGAGUUGACCGAGGAGGUGAUACAGAACCGGAAGUAUGCCAAAUGGAAGGCAUCUUACAUUCACAAUUGUUUGAAGAAUGGCGAAACGCCCAUUCCGGGACCUAUGAGCUCGGAAGAGGAUAACGAGCUAGAAGAUUUGACAUCGGGUCCAAGUGAGGCACCACAAGAUCCGACUCCUGGACCAAGCAAUGCCCCACAGGUACCCUAUCCGUCGAUGGGAUUUCAAGGCUUUCCUCAAACUGGGGAGCAACCAGAUCUGUUAUCCAGUCCCCCAACUGGACCAACAAACUUUGUGACAAACGAUCCAUUCAGAAACAUCAAACCACCAACACCGCCAAGCGAGCCGGAGAAACCACCAGGCGGAUUUCAGCCAUACACCGGACCUCCGGUCGAUGUGGGUGAAGUAACUCAAAUAACGGCAGGUUCUGGUGUCCAGCUAACUCCGGACCAGCUGACCAAGGCUCAGAAGUAUUGCAAAUUUGCCGGUAGUGCGCUUAUUUACGAAGAUGUUAAAACCGCCAUUGACAAUUUGCAGAAGGCGCUCAGGUUGCUGCAAACCGGCCAAGAUGGUUAGGCUCUGAAGCGGUUAGCUUUGCGAUUCCUUUGUGUACGCAAUAUUUACUAGAUUUUAAACCGAAAGCUUAUGACACUGUUGAUUGUUAGUAUGCUUUUCUGUACACAUUUCUCAAUAAUAAAAUAAAUUAUUUGAUC